ACUGAGAUAAAAUUUUUGUUCAUAUCUUAAAAAUUUCUCCAUGAUCAUGUCCUCAUCAAAGCAUUUGCACUGCUUCCUCUUCUACCUUUCAACCAUGCUAGGCAUUUCUCAAUACUUGGCAUCCGGUUUAUACCAAAUAAACCGAAUUCCGAGCCUUUUCAAUAUAAUUGAUGCACUUUUUACCUUUUACUUCAGGUUGUGUGGUCUUAAAUCGAUUUCCAUUGAUAUAGAUGAACAAACCACUGUACGUUUUUGGACCCCAAUUUACAGGAGGUUCUAUAAGCCUAAUCUAGUCAUAAUCCAUGGCUCUGGUGGCGAUACAAGGUGGCAAUUUCUCCAGCAGGUGGGUUAUCUUUCGCGAAACUUUAACCUUUACUUGCCAGAUUUAUUGUUCUUUGGCAAUUCUUAUUCCAAGCAGCAGGACAGGAGCUAUGUGUUUCAAGCGAAGCAGAUGGUACAAGGAUUGAAAAGGUUGAAUUUGGAUAGGUUUUCUGUGUAUUCGGUUAGCUAUGGAGCGUAUGUGGCCUAUUGGAUGGCUGAGAUGUGUCCAAGACAGAUGGAGAAGCUUGUGAUUGUGAGCAGUGGAAUAGGGUGGAAUAAUAUGGAAGAAAGAGAAAAGCAGAUUAGGCUUGUUGGGAGGAGUCCAAAAGAGUUGUUUAUGCCAGCAACUCCACAUGAUCUGCGACUUUUAGGAAACGUAACACUAUGUAGAGGCAAUCUUUUGAAUUGGGUUCCUGAAUUUCUUCUUCAACGUUAUCUCAAUGAAAUAAGUAAUGUGAACAGGAAGGAGAAAUUAGAGCUAAUAGAUCAUGUGUUGGCUAACAGGGAGGAUAACUUUCCCAUUAUAACCCAGGAAACACUUAUAAUAUGGGGUGACCAGGAUAAAAUCUUCCCACCAUUUUUGGCCUAUCGGUUACAAAGGCACCUUGGAUCAAAGGCGAGAGUAGAAAUAAUCAAGGACACUGGCCAUGCUGUAUAUAUAGAAGCUCCUGGUGAUUUGAAUCGUUUAAUAACAACAUUUAUUUUAGGUCACUGUUAGCUGUAUUUUAAAAGUUAUAAAUUCAAGAUCGAAGCUUGAUUAAUCCCAUUUAUAUAAUUUUCUAUCAAGAGUGGGAUAUAAUUCAUGUAAUUUUGAGGUAUUAUCAAUUAAUAAAGAUAAAUGAAAUAUAAUAAGCAUAAAAUUGUUAUUUCGUAGCAA